AUGGUCAUGGCGCUCGCACUAGUCAACGAUUCCGUGGCAAGUAUCUGCGCCCAAGAGACAUCUACGUGGUGCAACGAGUCGAUUGCAGAUGCUGCGGUGGUCGCACCCUCUGUGCUCGUCGACCAUCAUCUUGUGUCGGAAGCAGCGACCGCCAUCGUGUCCCUCAACGUGAGUUUAUUGCAGUUUGCAUCCAGGGCAAGCUCACCGCGUUGGUCGCUUCUCCUGCAGCCGCUCUUGGAGCCGUCGUUUGUGUACUUUAGCUGGAUCAUCCUCUUUGAGUGGGUGCGUGGCGAGCGCGAAGUCGUCUCUUUCGAAGGCGAUAAUGGAACACUUGUUCUUGUCUCGGACAUCUACGACGCGACGUCCAGUACGCCAAGCAACGCGGUGCUAGGUCGAUCGUCGAUCGGUGUCUACUACAUCUUGCUCUACGCCAACCUCGUACUAGCGACCGUCACUGCGAUCACACUCCUCUCCUCCGCGCUCUCUUUGAACGGUAUCUCGAUCAUCAACGUUUUAGCGUUCACGCGCGUCGCAGGUUCGACGUGGAUUGGUCGACCGCUGCUCUUGCUACGAGGCGUGAGCGCUCUGGUGCUACUGAGCUCUGGCGACGCAGCUUUAGUUCGCCGAUUCAAUGUGCACACGCAGCUGACGGUACCUGCGCGGUCCCUCGUCGAGACCUUUCUCUUUGCAUGGGAAGCCACCUGGGUCGGCUAUGUCGUCCAUGAGCUCCUACUGCCACUUCAAGCGCACGACGCCCGCUUCGUCGGCGCCUUGACGACGAUGCUUCAUUGGCUCUGUAUGGUCGUCGUCGACGUCGCGUCACCCGUGUCGGUCACCGCCACCGUCACGCGGUCGUGUGUGACCCACAAUGUCUACUACGACUUUGUCUGCGAGAGUGUCGUUGUCGCGCUUGGCAGCACACAUCGGCUCACGUUUCUAUGUGCCCUCGAGUGCGCACUCGUGCCGGUACUCUGGCUUCUGUUGCACCUGGGCCGAAGGUCCCGCAACGUUUAUACAUACCGCGUCGACGCGCGGCUCUCGAUCGUAGGCCAAGCCUUCUUACUCCAAGGGCCACCACUGGACCCAGUCGCCCGGCUUUCGUCCGGUCUUGUUGCACUGUGGCGCCAAGGGCUCCUCGAUCUCAAGCUCUGGCGCUUGCUCGACACAUCGCCGACGACCUCGCUCGUGAUGCCAAUGUCGUCGUCGGUCGCGCGGCCAAUGAUCCAAGGGUGGGGCCCCCGGAUGUGGGUGGCGCUUGGUACCAUGUAUGUUGGCGCUGCCAUUUACAGCAGUAUCUCGUACCUCGGUCUCGCCCAGCCCCUCUUGGUGAACGACCUUAUUUGGCCCGACUUCAACAUGACGGGGUCGCAUCUCUUUCUCGCCAAUUGGUUCAACGAGCACUCGUACCUUGGUGAGAGCGCCACGAAGCUCACGGACGGGUACCACGUCAAUGCACUCGGGCAGUUUAAUCUAUCGCACGUGUCGGUCGACUUUUCCAUCCAGCAAGGCGCACGCAUCCAGUAUACAACCCUAACCGCGAUUGUACUGCUACCUCGAUUUUGA